AUGCAGGGCCCAGCACUUCGUUACGCUCAAAUCUUCUUGGUCGCCUGUCCCGCCUUUAUCCUCUUCGGUUACAAUCAAUCUGGUGUUGGAGGUCUCGAUGAUUUCCCCUCGUGGGUCAAGAUCUUCCCGGAGAUCGACACAAUAAACACAACUGGCAAUCAGAAAUCUCACAAUGCCACCGUCCAAGGCGCCGUGGUAGCUUGCUACACAAUUGGUGCGCUGUUCGGCUCCCUGAUAUGCAUGAUUGUUGGUGAUAUCCUCGGUCGUCGCCGCACGAUCUUUUCAGGAGCAACCAUUGCAUUGGUUGGUCAAGCACUCGAAUGUACUGCAUACUCUCUGGCCCAGUUCGUGGUCGGGAGAGUGGUAUUGGGUUUCGGUGUCGGCAUGCUGAGUGCCACGGUGCCGGUCUGGCAGUCCGAGUGUUCCCCUGCUGCUCAAAGAGGACGAAACGUGGUGCUCACAGGCAUGUUCAUCGCCUUCGGCUUUGCUCUGACCCAGUGGGUCAACUUCGGGUUCUAUCAGAUUGAGUACUCUGCUGCUGCCUGGAGGGGCUCCCUUGCCAUCCCGGCCUUGUUUUCUUUCAUCAUCAUGGGCAGCAUCUUCUUCCUCCCGGAGUCUCCUCGUUGGCUGGUCAUGAAGAACAGGUCCGACCUAGCUCAGUCUACGCUUGCGCGUCUGAGAGGCAAAGGGAUCGACUCGAUUGAAAUUGUCGCCGAGCUUCGCGGGUACGAGAUCUCCCUGGAAGACUCCUCAAACAACAACCUGAGGCUGAAGGACAUCUUCACCAUGGGAGAGGAAAAGCUCCUAUACCGGUUCCUGCUCUGCUUCACCCUGCAGUUCUUCCAGCAAAUGAGCGGCGGUACCCUGAUUUCAGUCUACAUCCCCAUGAUCUUCGAGACGGACCUCGGACUGGGCGCCAGUCUGUCCAAGAUCCUGGCUGCCUGUGCGCUGACGUGGAAAUUCCUGUCCUGUUUCGUUGGCUUCGCUAUCAUCGACCGGAUGGGACGGCGCAGCGCAUUCAUGGUCAGUGGCGGCGGCAUGGCCAUCUGCAUGGUGGCGCUGGCAGUUUCCAACUCUUUCUCCAACAACCAUACCGCCUCCAUCAUCUCGGCCCUGUUCAUUUUCAUCUACAAUUUCUUCCUCCCCGUCGGCUUCCUCGGUGCCAACUUCCUGUACCCGGCUGAAGUUGCACCCGCCCGUCUUCGUGUCGCCAUGCAAGCCAUCUCCAUUGCAAACCAAUGGCUCUGGAUGUUCGUCGUCGCAAUGAUCACUCCCGUCGCCAUCGACGACAUCGGCUACCGAUACUACAUCGUGUACGCCGUCAUCGCCGGCCUCAUCCCUCCCGUCAUCUACCUCUUCUACCCCGAAACCAAGGGCCGGUCCCUCGAAGAACUGGAUGAGAUCUUCCGCGACGCGCCCUCGAUCUUCGCUGCCGUGUCCAUGUCGAAAACCCUCCCUGUCGGAGACCGGACUGUGGAGCGGGUCUUGGAAGAGAAGGCCACCAUCGAGGAAAUAGAGUGA